AAGAAUUUGACAGAAUCGCCCAAAAAGAUCUCUUCGACUUCUUCAGCAGAUAAACAAUCUUCUACGACAUCUAACAAAUGGCCAUUGUCCACUCAGAAAUUGGAAGCACCAGGAGACACUUUCGGCCCGAAAGUUGUGUUGGUCGAAGAAACCGCCAUCGGAUAUGUCCACAACCUAUCCAAUCCCAGAAGAAACAGGGGAAAUACUCUGGAUUACUGCACCUUUCUACUCCAAACAGCGACAAAGAACGUGGAGGCCCUGCUCUAUAGCCCCCAUAAAAGACCUCUACUUCUUCAAAGUCAAGAAAGACAUGCUCCUAUAAAGCUCACUUACUUCACCUACACUCAAGCGAAAGAUAAAAUUAUCGUCAAUGACAUGACUAACAUUAGUACUCCACAACAGAGUGAAUAUUCGUUUCAACAUCAAACCCCUACAGAACCUCAAGCACCAAAUACCAAAAUGUUAGAUGUGCUCAAUACCUCCAAAGAAUGGGAAGUUGUCACAGUUCAAGGCAAGAUUUUUGGUUUGAAAGACCAGCAUAUAGUUGGAAGUCCCUGCAAAAAACUUACCCUUGUGGAGGUGUUUCUUGAUGAUGGAUCUGGCCGGAUUCCCAUAGAUAUUUGGGAAUCUCACAUUGAGAACGUCAAAACUGGUAGGUAUUGCAAUGUUUUUAAAACAUGCAAAAAAAAUGCUGUGUUAAUGUACCAGUCAAAUCGAAGCUUUGGAAGUUCCCCUAGGCAUUUGAAUUUUUGGAAAAUUUUUGCUCAAAUGCCUCCCUCACUGGGCCAAAAAGCUGUUCAGAUGCCCCCACUGGGAAAAUUACCAGAUUACUGUUUUAACUUUUCAGUAGCUUCUAUAAUACUUCUGAGGCUCUGCAUGUUAACAUGGUUUAUUAGACAACACUUAUUUAAAUGUUAUACAUAUAAAUAUAGUUCUUAAACACCAAAUACGAAACACUGCUUGUGCAUGCCUUUGGUUUUCAACCAAUCCGGCACAAAUACGCAAUCUUUUCCUUUGAAUUUAUAAGCGAUAAAAUUCCCCACCCUCUUAGUGGUAAUCAAAUGCCCUCCCUCCCGGGCAGGAACAGCUGUCAAAUGCUCGGGGUAUGCCCAGGGUGGGGAGAUGUUUAAGCUUCGAUUUGACUGGUACAUAACAUACCAUAUUUAUUUACUUAUAAGGCGCACCAUUUUUCAAGAUAAAAUAUCCUUCUUCAAUGAAAAUCUGCUUAAAACUCGGGGUGCGUCUUAUAAUCGAGUAUUUUCCAAAUUUCCCUAAUAAUUAUUAAAUAAAACUCUUUUUCCAAGUCGCACCAGGAGAAUGGUACGCCCAAGUACCAAUCUUGUAACUUAAAACGCUGUUUCCUGAGAAGGAUGACUUGAGCAAAUUAAAAAGUGUGACUUUUUUGCUAUUGUUUGUAAUGUGUGACUUUUUUGCCUUUGGUUUGAAAAUGAAAGCACCGUAAUUAGUAACUUUUGGAAGCAAAUUGUUGUAAGUACAGCGAUGUGGUCAAAAAAAUUUCCCAUAAUUCUGGGUGCGCCUUAUAACAGGGUAUUUAGGUGAAAUUUUCAUUUUACUCACUUGUCACAAAGUUUAGGGUGCGUCUUAUAACCGAGUGCACCUUAUAAGUGAAUAAAUACGAUAAUUUCUUUUCAUUUCCAUAGACCAAGUUUAUAACUUCGCCAAUGUUCAAGUCAAAGUCUGGGGUGGAAGAAAGAAGCUUGCAACCACUAUGCAUACAGCCAUUCAAGCUAUUGACAAUCAACUGUUACGUGAUCUACCAACAAAUAGCGAAGACCUGGAGCCACAACAAACCCUCAAAAUAACUGGGGUUCACUCCAUACAGAAGAUAACCAAGUAUUUAGAGUGUCUCCAUUGUAGCAAAGGUAUAAUCCAGGGAACAUGCACAGAUAUCAUCAUUUGUGAACACUGUGGCCAAAUGAUGAAGACAGACUCCUGCCAGACAAAAGUUGUGGCGAAGAUAGUCAUUAAGAUGGAUGACCAAGAAGUAGUUUUCAAAAUUGAUCAUCCUCUACUCGAAAAGAUCUAUCCUGGUGUAAUCUCUAUGGAUCACUCAGUCUUAGGAAGAGAGUUGCUUUACGGUCUUGUGGAUCAUACUCUUGUGUAUAAUACUGAAAACUUUAAUGUGUUGGAUAUCACAGUUUAA